GCACUUAGUUCAUACCUAAAGCUGGCUAUUCGUCACCUACUGGGUGUGAUCUGCAUAAGACACAGUGUGAUGCGGAAUCAUGGGCAUGCAUCGCAAGUUUACCAGUGUCUCUCUGCAUGGAUACCUGUCGUGACUAUGGCAGUCACUAACAGACCCUGUUUCGCCAGGCUGAUCUACCUACCCCAGGAUCCCUAAUUUGCUCCAGAUGGGGAGAAAACUGGAGAUAAGUCCUGGACGUCACCACCGCAUGAAUAAGCAUCUCCACUGCGGUGGAUUUCUGGCGAAAACGGCAGAUGCACAGUCGCAAACGAAGCCCAGUCCCCACCACCAUGUCGGAAGACGAUAAUUCUGAACGCGUCCAGCUCCACACCAACGAGGAGAAGCAUUUGCGUCUUCCUUACCCUGAGGGAGCCAGUCCACUAGAAAAUGUCAAGCACAGGGCGGGGGAGGCCUUCGAGGCUAAAAUGGGGUUGAUGCUUGCCCAUGACCCAGUCACAGUUCAGGGCUCGGUUCCGAGUGCCGCCCGUGCCGGUUUGCCGAUGAAACUCUGGCAACAACCAGGACGAUCCUGUGCGAAACUCUGUUUUUGCGAUCCAGAACGUCUGCGCCCCUUCUUUUUAGGUAUCCAUGCUGAUUCUGGCGGCCACCACCCAGUGGCCCGUGUUCCGAGCGGACGUUGCAGGUCCAAAUAUGAUAGGUAA